CGAUACUAGCAGCAUGAAAGCCAGGCCCAAGAGGGGCUUAAGUGUGUCCGAUGACAACUUUGGGCCGAGCACAGACUCAAGUUAUUACGAUUGCAUUUCAGGUCGUUCUAGGAUGUGGAUAAGAUUGCACGCAUAAUUUAUGCUCUUUUGUCCAUUACUUAAUUCCGAUUCUAAACAUUGGAAGAAGUUGGCCAUUGACUAUCACAGCCUCCUCCUAUCCAGAAAAAUAAAAAAGAAUGCUCCUCUCACUUAUCCCGUUUCCUCUCUCUUCGAACUUCCGCCUUUUCCCUUCGCUUAGAGGAACCGUACGAACAAAGAUAGCAAAAGGUUGGGAAUGAAAUGGCUCUGAGAGAUACACUCCUCUGCCCGAAAUAUCGGACUCCAAAUCCAUUCCCUCCCGCCCGAAACUGCCGAAAUGCCGGCCGAAAACUUGUGGUGAGCGCUACCGCGGCUGCGCCCGGGACUCGUCGGCGGCGUCCUCAAAACGUGGAGGGGGAGUUCUUCGUAGAUCACCGGUGUAUUGAUUGCGAUGCCUGCCGUUGGAUGGCUCCGGAAAUCUUUACUCGGAUCGACGAACAAUCUGCGGUGAUUAAGCAGCCGAGCUGUGAGGAGGAAAGGAUCAAAGCUCUGCAGGCACUGCUUUCCUGUCCAACAAGCUCCAUCCAUACCGAGAAACCUACAAAGAAGAUUCUAGAAGUGCAGAAAAUGUUUCCUCUUCCAGUAGAUGAGCAGACACUUCCAGGUGUUUACCAUUGCGGCUAUCAUUCUGAGUCAUCUUAUGGAGCAACUUCCUAUCUUGUGAUUCACCCUGAUGGGAACAUAAUUGUUGAUAGCCCAAGAUUUACGGGGGUACUGGUAUGCAGCAUUGAGAAACUUGGAGGAGCACGCUACAUGUUUUUGACUCAUAAAGAUGAUGUAGGAGAUCACGAAAAGUGGGCCAAGCGACUGAGCUGCGAACGAAUUCUCCAUUCAGGAGAUGUGGAGGCUCAUACUGCAGAUGUGGAGAUGCAACUUUAUGGAGAUGGUCCAUGGAGCAUUGGUAAUGACUUUGAGCUCAUCCACACUCCAGGCCAUACUGAAGGUUCAGUCUGCUUGUACUACAAGCCCCUAAAGGUUCUGUUCACUGGAGACCAUCUUGCCAAAUCUGGAAAAUCUGAACUGACUUUUUAUGAGAUGUAUAACAGGCAAUCAGUUAGCUUGCAACUGAAGAGCAUCAGGAAGUUAUUAGAGCUGGACUUUCAGUGGAUUCUACCUGGUCAUGGGCGGAGGAUUAAGUUUCGUGAUAACCAAGAGAAGAAUUCAGUUUUGGAAGCUUUCUUGAGCAGUAAAGAGCCAGAAUAUGCUUAACGGGAAAGGCUGCUUUGAUGGGGCUUGCAAGGGUAAUUUGAUCUAUAUGGAAGGCAGAUAUAGGAAGAUGGCAUACAAAGGUUGCAAGGGUGUUUUAAGUUGUCAUUGGACCUUGACCAGAAUAAGUCUUCAAAUACAUGUUGCAGACACACAUUACACAUGUAUGUCAUAUUGAUUUCUCAGAAGUUUGGUUUUUCUUGCUGUUUAAUUUUGAAAUUUUCCAUGCUCUGAACUGAAAGGCAAUCCAGCUUUCAAAUGAUGUACAAUAUGGUGCCAGAUAAAUUUGCAAUGCUAAAUACGUAUCCAGAAAAUUAUGUG